AUGGUUUAUUUCAUUAUUAAUUUAGUAAUACUUUCUGUUCUUUCCAUUUCUUGUUCUUCCUUCAAUCUUAAACUCCUCAACGUCUCCAAACUAGAAUCUGUUAAUGGUUGGUCACCGGCCGGUGCGACGUGGUAUGGCCCCCCUAGUGGCGCCGGAAGUGAUGGUGGAGCUUGUGGAUAUCAAAACACGGUAGAACAGCCACCAUUCUCUUCCUUUGUGUCAGCCGGUGGCCCUUCUCUAUUCAAAUCUGGCAAAGGAUGUGGAGCUUGUUAUGAAGUGAAGUGCACAACAAAUGCAGCUUGUUCAGGCAAUCCGGUUAGAGUGGUUAUCACCGACGAGUGCCCGGAAUGUGUAAAUGAAUCAACACAUUUUGAUUUGAGUGGAACUGCUUUCGGAGCUAUGGCGGUUUCCGGCAAAGCCGAUCAGCUCCGUGCUGUCGGAGUCCUCCAAAUUCAAUACACAAGAGUUGAGUGCAAAUACCAGGGGAACACGAUGACCUUUAGCGUGGAUUCGGGGUCCAACCCCUUCUAUUUAGCGGUGGUGAUUGAAUACGAGCCAGGCGACGGCGACAUCGUGGCCGUUCAACUGAAGCAAGGCAACUCCGACGCUUGGUCCGACAUGCAACAGUCUUGGGGAGCGGUGUGGAAGCUUAACUCCGGCUCGGGACUAAUCGCGCCGUUCUCCCUCAAGCUCACCGGCGACUCCGGCAAGACUAUCGUCGCCAACAACGCCAUCCCGGUUGGGUGGAAGCCCGGAGGAACAUACCGUUCUGCUUAUAAAUUAUGA